AUGACACAAUAUUCGGACAAAGAAGUCACCCACAGCUCGACCAGUGGCAAGUCGACCAAGGAAUCGAGCCGCAUAAUCACCGGCAGUCCCACCGGUACCACAACAACCAGUUCCAUGACCUCACGCUCCACCACAAGUGACAUUACCGACCCCAAGUCGAACGCGAACAGUCCAAAAGUUCAGUCCGCCGAGGUGAGGGUAGAACCAAUGGCUACAAGUGUAAAGGUACCAACUGCACCAACGACUAGUCCUAAGCCACAGCCAACUGAAGUUAAGGUUGAGGUCAAUGUAAAGAAUGUGGCGGUGGGGCAGAAGGCUGGAGGUAAUGAGGGAAAGGCUCUGGUUUCGGCGACUAGUCCAAAGGUAAGGCUGUUUUUUGAUGUUUUGUGGCUUGGAAAGAAAGUUUUUGCGGUUUAUGAUGAAGUAGAGUAGGAUUGGGCAGGGUAAGGUAGGUUUGGAUAGGGUAGGUUACGGUACGGUAGGGUUGGAUACUGUAUUGUAGGGUUGUGUACUGUAAUGUAAAGUAGGGUAGGGUACUGUAUCGUAGGUUAGAGUAAGGUACUGUACUGUGUACGGUAAGGUAUGGUUACGUUACGGUAGGGUUGGAUACUGUAUUGUAGGGUUGGGUACUGUAAUGUAAAGUAGGUAGGGUAGGGUACUGUAACGUAGGGUAGAAUGAGGUACUGUACCGUGUAUGGAAAGGUAGGUUAUGGUUACGGUAGGGCUACGGUCUUUGUUAUAUAAAAGCGAUGGGACAGUUACAGUAGGCUAACGGAGGAUAUCCUAAGGUAACGAUGGGUACGGUAAAGCACUCCACGGAACAUUGAUUACUGUAUAGCGAAGGUAGUAUUAAUAGAGUAGGUCUAGGACAAGUAGACUGUGGUAGGAUAGGGUAUGGUAGGAUAGGGUGGGGUAAGGUAGGGUAAUGUAGGGUAGGGCAGGAUGGGGUACUGUAAAGUUAGUUUUUGCUUUGUAAACAAAGUUUUUUCCACGUGUGGUAACAAUUUCAAUAUCCAGGCCACAAGUCCAAAGGUUCAGCCAAUUGACACCAAACCCGAUCCAAAACCACAAACCACACCAACCGAUCCCAAAGCUCAGCCUACAACACCAGAUGGACCAAAAAAUCAGCCAGACCCAAAACUUUCAAUUCCGGCGAAAACUGUACCAGCUGAUCCAAAGACUACGCCCUCUGACCUUAAAAAUCAGCCUAGUGCACCAGUCGAACCAAAAAACCAAUCCAGUGCUUCAGUCAAGAAAUGA